AUUCUCACACGUGACAACGGGGGGGGCGGCGGAAGUGUCAUUGACAGUCUUGAUUGUUUUGUUCUCAUUCCUAAACCUCAUCGGAUAAACAUAAUCAUAACGGCGUGAAUAACAUGACCACCAUAUCACCAUUUGUGAAUGAUCAGCCGGUACUACAUCGGCGGGAGUUUGAGGAGCUAGAUAGUCGAAGAAGGUGUCAAUCUCAUCAUCCAUCCAACACACCAAGGCAAACAUUCCAGGAUGACCCUAGAGUCAGACCACCUGGACCUAGAUGGCAAGGCCCUCCUGGUGACCCUGGGACUUGGUGGUCACGCCCCUCUGGUGACCCUGGAACCAGGCCCCGCCCCACCGCUGACCCCAGAGCCAGGCUACGCCCCUCCGGUGACCCAAGGCCCAGACCACGCCUAGCCGGUGACCCCAUGGCCAGGUGGCCCCUCAUUGACGAUCCCACGACAAGACCUCAGGUGGAUGACUGCGAGCGGAUGGGGACCCUUUUCGGGCAGCUAAACAAGUGCCUGCGCAGCGCGGGCUUCACCCAGAUGUACUUUGGGGAGAAGGUUGUGGAUCCUGUGAUCAUCAUCUUUUUCUGGGUCCUACUGUGGUUCCUGGGCAUCCAAGCUCUUGGGCUGGUGGGGACUCUGUGCAUUGUCAUCAUCUUCAUCCAGAAGUAACUCGAUCUCCAGCCUGUUUGAUUGGCAGUUGGGAGCUCCUGUGUCUACAAAUAAAAAGGACUUGAACUCUAAAUGAAAGGACUUGAACUCCCUCGCUGUCUGUUCUGUUUGCAUUAAAAAGGCAAUCAGCAGUUACUUCUUACUUUUUUGGACUUGUAUAUUAAUGAUAUGUACCCAUUGAUUCUUGAAGAAUAGUAUGCCUCAUGAGCUUAGUUUAACUGUGGUACCCCAUCAGAACUCAAAAUAUAAGCUUGUUUUACCCUAAUGUUUGUAAACAAACACUGUAUAGCACUGAAAAACCUGGUUAAAACUAUAAUUUGAAUAUCAUGGAUGGUCAGUCCUUGCAUCCCUAGCUCUGUCUUUGAAUUUGAGAAUGGUUAAAUUUCUCCAGCCCCAUAUUGCCACUUUAUGCUGAAACAGAGGUGGGGAGCAUGCUUUAUUUUUCAGCUGCUGAUUGACACUUUAAAGCUUCCUAGACUCAGUGAGCGUUUGUCAAUACUCAUCUUCUUAGUGGCCAACUACACUUUAUCUGGAGUGAACAUUUAGAGUGCUGGCAGGUGAAAUGGAGGCCUCUUAACUACAGAUCUCCUGGUUUCAAGUUUUUAAAACUCAAAAUCAGACCACUUUGCUCACUAGCUGCGCCCCAAUACUCAAAAGCAAUGUCUCAUUAUCUCCUUACAUGUGUGAGUAUUGAAUUGAAAGAACUGGAUCAGUGAAAGCAAUAUGUCUAAUAGCUUAACUAGUUUUGUAUCCAUAGUUUAACUGGUAAAUGUCAUUUUCAAGUGUUAUGAAGUUUUUGAUCAUGAGGGAAAGCAAUCAGAACUAUUUGGAUGCAGCCAUUGCUUCAAGUAUACUGAGCAGUUAAAUAUGCAAUCUGUAAGCCUCCCGUGUGGCGCAGCGCCAGCUGUGCCUUCAGAGACUCUGGAUUCGCGCCCAGGCUCUGUCGUAACCGGCCGCAACCGGGAGGUCCGUGGGACGACGCACAAUUGGCCUAGCGUCGUCCGGGUUAGGGAGGGCUUGGCCGGUAGGGAUGUCCUUGUCUCAUCGCGCACCAAUGACUCCUGUGGCGGGACGGGCGCAGUGCGCGCUAACCAAGGAUGCCAGGUGCACGGUGUCCUCCGACACAUUGGUGCGGCUGGCUUCCGGGUUGGAUGCGCGCUGUGUUAAGAAGCAGUGCGGCUUGGUUGGGUUGUGUAUCGGAGGACGCAUGACUUUCAACCGUUGUCUGUCCCGAGCCCGUACGGGAGUUGUAGCGAUGAGACAAGAUAGUAGCUACUAAAAACAAUUGGAUACCACGAAAUUGGGGAGAAAAAGGGGUAAAAAAAUAAAAAUUAAUAUGCAAUCUGUAAGAUGAUAUCUAUAGUGUACAUGGAAUUAUAUUAGAACCUGUAGCCUAAAUCAAGGAGCGGCCCGUCAUAUUCCAAGGUGCAUUUCAUGAGAUUUGCACAUACAAGUAGCACUGUAUUUCUAUGAUACAAUUUGUAGUGGUCAAGGAAUGACAUUCCAUGAGAGCAACAUUACUUUGCUUCACAUUUUACAUUAUAUGCGAUUUUGUUAAACAAUAGAAUUAAGUAAAAUAUCCUUCAUUUUGGGGUUAUCAAGAGGUCUGUUUCUGCUGCAUUAGUUUUAAUUACCAAUGACCAUCAGGCCAUAUGACAGAUUGCUUUUUUUAAGGCAAGUUGGGAGCAACAUUCUAACACCUGCAUGCCUACAAAGGCCUGGAAUGCAUAUCACUGACUGGUUUAUUAGGUUCUAUAGUAACGUGAGUUGUAUCCCCCUACUUUGAAAAUGCAUUCAAACAUAUACCUUUGAUAUGCAUGUACUUCAAAGUAAUGUGUGGUUGCUGUGAAGGAGAAAAGUGUGCUCAUGACUAGCAUGGAUGUUUAACUUUUGCACAUUUGUAAAUGGGAAUGGUAGAGAGAGUUAUAUUAUAUCAAGCCUAUCCUUUUGAAUGAAAAUGGUACAUAAAUUGUCAGGAAUCCUACUAUUUUUAAAGUUGCAUGCAAUAUGUUAAAGUUGCAUGCAAUAUGUAACUUGAAAGCAAGUCUAAGAAGCGGUAGAUCUGUUCUGUGCUCUAUUUCUAUGCUUCCCGUUACUUUCGGUUUUCUUCACCAGCUGAAAAUACAAUAUUUUUUAGAUUGACAAAUUAUUUUCUACACUAUACAUUGCUUGUUUAUUCACAACUUGAAAUUGGCGAACUAUUAGAAUUUUUGUAAUCAGGAAAUGAUGACGUGAUUUAUGCAUGUUGCACCUUCAGUGGAGGUGUCAAAAUACCCAUAAAACCUACCGGUCAAACAGGGAAAUGUU